AUGGCUCACAGGUUGGGAGUCUUGGUGUGCGUGGUGAUGAUGGCCAUGCUGGGGGCGCAAGGCCGCCCCCGUUACGUGGCCAUCCCUUUGGAAGACCUGGAGGAAUUUUUGGUGGAAGAAUCCCGCCAUCACCCCCAGGUGAUGCUGAUGAGAAGGGCCGGACGCGCAGCUGAUCGCGGUCAAGCCGAUGCUCCCGUCUACAACGCCCACGCUUCUCCGUACUACGCGGACCAGUCCCAAUACGAAGCCGCUCCGUCCGAUAGAUUCGAGAGGGGAGCAGGACAUUACGGAGGAGGCGACUACGUGGACUACGGAGCCUACACCGGUAGCAAGGGAGCAUUCGGAUGGUACACCGAUCAUCCCGUUGGCUACCACUAA